AUGUUGCAAUUAUCCAUAUCACAUAUAGUAGUGUUAUCACUUCUUAUUAGAAUUGGAUUUUUUGUUUUCGGUCUUUACCAAGAUAAGUAUAUGACCGUGAAAUAUACUGACAUUGAUUAUGUAGUAUUUUCUGAUGCCGCUAAGUAUGUCUACGAGGGAUAUUCACCAUAUUCUCGCGAAACAUAUAGAUAUACCCCAUUGCUUGCAUGGAUGUUGAUACCAACCUGCUGGGGAGGUCAGUGGGAAAAUUUUGGAAAAUACAUCUUCAUGAUCAGUGAUCUAAUUACAGGAAUAAUUAUUCUCAGACUAUUGAGUGGAAUAUCAAUUGCUGGCAAAAAGCUAACUAUGAAUAAGGUAAUAAUUUUGUCGUCAAUUUGGCUUUUGAAUCCAAUGGUAAUUACCAUAAGUACCAGAGGAUCCUCGGAGAGCGUUUUGACUGUAAUGAUUAUGCUUUCAUUAUAUUACUUAAUUAUUAAAAAGUCUAUUAUUGCAUCAGGAUUCUGGUUAGGUUUAUCUAUCCAUUUUAAAAUAUAUCCAGUCAUAUACUUACCCAGUAUUAUGCUUUAUUUGGCGACCUCAGGAACACCUUUCAUAGAUCUACCAAUUGUUAAGUGGGUUAAUAGAACUAACGUUAAGUUUUUAAUCACCACAAUAGCUACUGUCGGAGUAUUCAGCGGUAUAAUGUAUUCAAUCUAUGGCUUUGAGUUUUUGUAUAACUCGUAUUUAUACCAUUUGAUUAGAAUUGAUCAUAGACAUAAUUUUUCUGUUUUUAAUGUUGCUUUAUACUAUAAGUCGGCAUUAUCUGAAAUUACAGAAUCGUCACUCAAUUUCUAUUCUGGAAAUACGGAAAAGUUUGUUAUGUUACCACAACUAUCAAUUUCGGCAUUGAUAUUACCAUUGUUGUUUGCUCGUCGUGAUUUAAUAUCCUGUAUUUUUAUUCAAACAUUUGCAUUCGUAACAUUUAAUAAAGUGAUUACUUCCCAAUAUUUUAUUUGGUUCCUUAUAUUUUUACCUCAUUACUUGGCCAGAUCAAAGCUUUGUUCACAAAGUCAAAUAUUGAAGGGAAUUCUGGCUCUAUUACUUUGGGUUAUAUCCCAGGGAUCAUGGCUAUACUUUGCUUAUCAAUUAGAAUUUUUGGGCAUCAGCACAUUCGAUAAUGGAUUAAUUUUUUCCUCGUGUUUUUUCUACCUAAGUAAUUGCUGGAUCUUAAGUGUAUUUAUCGAUGACUUAAAUAACGUAUCGUAA